AAAAAAAAAAAGUUGCUCCAUUAUAUUACCCAAAGUUAUUUCAUAAUAAUUCGAAAGUUUAUAUCAUAUCGGUUUCAUGAAAAAUCUAGUUUAGUUGUGUCUACGCGUUUCUGCUAGUAAGACGUAACGAUAGGAGGAUCCCGUUUAUCCUAUCAAAAAAAAAAAAGAAAAAAAAAGAAAAAAAUAAAAGAAAAUAAAAUAGAAAUAUAAAGGAAAAAUGGACUUGCAAUUAUUAAAGAGUAAAUUUCGUGGCUCGAUGUUAGGUGUUUUGAUGGGUGACUGCCUUGGUAGUCCCUACGAAAAUGAAGAAUUAUUAUCGGCCGGCAUGACGAAAGUUCUACAAAAAUCUUUUGACAAAUUAGAAGGAAACAUGUUUAAAGCACCAGUUAUGCAGUAUACAGAUGAUUCAGCAAUGACACAAAGUGUGGCUGAAUCUUUAAUUGAAAAAGGCGACUUAGACCUCGUUGAUUUAGCAAAAAGGUUUGUGAAAAGCUAUUAUCAGGAACCAAAUCGUGGUUAUGGGGCUGGUGUUGUAACCGUGUUCCAGAAAUUACGUGGUAAUAAGUUUCAGGAUGUUUUACUUCCUGCGAGGGAACAAUUUAAUGGACAAGGUUCUUGGGGUAAUGGGGGUGCUAUGCGCAUUGCACCUAUAGCAUUAUUUUAUUAUAAAGAUAACGAUAAACUUAUAGAUAGAACAAGGAGAUCUACUGAAAUUACUCAUACUCACAAAAUUGGCAUCGAUGGUGCUAUAUUGCAGGCUAUUGCUAUUCAACAAUGUCUUCAAUUAGAUCCAUCCAAUAAAUUAAAUGUUUCAGAUUUCAUUAAUAAACUUAUUGAUAAAAUGAAGGAGAUAGAGAAAGAUGAAGAAGGUUUAGACUUGGUUGAACCACAACCUUACAAGCUAAAAUUAGAUAUAUUACAAAAAUUAAUUGUCUCGGAGGAAAACGUUACGAACGAAGAAGUUAUUCGGCAACUUGGUAAUGGUAUUGCAGCUCUUUAUUCUGUACCUACAGCAAUAUUUUGUUUCUUAAGAGCGCAACGGCCUAUCAAAGGUAUAGAAACUGAAAAUCCACUUAGAAGAGCCAUACAAUAUGCCAUAACUUUGGGCGGAGAUACAGACACUAUUGGUAGUAUGACAGGAGCUUUGGCCGGUGCUUUUUAUGGAGAAGAUAAAUUUAGUAAUAAUCUUUUGGAACAUUGUGAAAAAUCAAAAACAUUUGCAUAUCUUGGCGAAAAACUUUAUAAUAUAGUAAUGGAUAUGUGUUUAGGAAUUCGUCGAAAGAAUUCAGAAAAAGGUUUUGAUACGGACGAUGAAUCUGAAUAUGCAAUGAUAAAACGUAUCAAAAUGGAACCAGAAGCUAUAUUGUCCCAGGAUGACGAUAUAAUGGCACAAUUUCAACAGGACAAUUCAGACUUGGAAGUUGAACCAAGUUUUUCUUUAGAAGGUAGUACCAAUAGCGAUGAUUGUAACGAUGGGAUUCUUAUGCAACAUAUGGAUAUUAGAGAACCAUUGUCCACUCUAAGAAAUCUUUUGGAACAGAGAUUGGGCGUCGAGCUUACCGAUUAUUCAUUUUGGUUGCAAGAUGCACAAAUGCUCGAAUGUCACAAAAAUUUAGUCGAUCAAUGCGUGCAAGGUGAAGGUCUUGUUCAAGUUAAUGUUCAAAUAAAAGCAUUACAAAAACGUAUUAACAUAGUAGACGUUUUAAAACCUGCGGAAGAUUACAUUGAACUUGCAGAAAAUAAUUCAAUAACAUCCUUCAACGAAGAAAAUAAACAAAAUGUGAUAAGAUGGAUGGUAGAUGCACAAUAUAAGAAAGAGCAGGAACGCUUGAAGAUACCAGCCGAUCCAAAAGAUUGGUCACAAACACACGUGAAACAUUGGCUUCAAUGGGCCGUUAGACAAUUCAAUUUGGUUUCCUUACGUUUAGCCGAUUGGAAUAUAACAGGUGCACAAUUGUGCAAUCUAACACUUGAAGAAUUUCAGAGCAAGGUUCCUCUUGAUCCCGGUGAUGUAUUCUGGACACAUUUGGAAUUACUACGAAAAUGUAAAUUCGUCGCUGUUGUACAAAAGGACGUUCCAACGUCGGUCAGUGAAAAUACUACGAACAAAACUAUGAAAGUACGUAAUCAAAAGAAUCCUAAAACACGACCAGUUGUUAAUCAACAAACAAGAGUAGUCAGUGUACCAUUGGAGAACAUUGAUUCGACACCGAUCACAAUAGCGACGUCGAGUCGUUCGGUAAACAGCGGACAAAUACAAUUGUGGCAAUUUUUAUUGGAAUUAUUGACGGACCGUGAACACAGAGGUGCUAUACAAUGGGUAGGAACCGAAGGAGAAUUUAAAUUGACUCAACCAGAAGCAGUUGCACAAUUAUGGGGCGCGCGUAAAAAUAAACCAUCGAUGAAUUAUGAAAAAUUAAGUCGAGCACUUCGUUAUUAUUAUGACGGUGAUAUGAUAUCUAAGGUACACGGGAAGAGAUUCGUUUAUAAGUUCGUUUGCGAUUUGAAACAAUUGUUGGGCUAUUCGGCCGCUGAAUUAAGUAAAUUAGUCGAAGAAGGUAGACGUUACUUUUGAUGAGAUUUAAAAAUUGUGCCUCGUUUUUUUUUUUCCUUUUUUUCUUUUUCUUUUCUUUUUAUACGACGAAGAUAUAAGGUACUUUAAAUGAUUACAUUUUUAUAUUUUUCAGAGAUAAUUUUAUCUAACAUAACAUAAUCUAAUUAAUUUAUAGAGAAAGAGUAUAUGUAUAUAUAUAUAUAUAUAUAUAUAUAUAUAUAUAUAUAUAUAUAUAUAUAUAUAUAUGUAUACAUACACAAAAUAACAUACUUGGGUCUCUUAGAAUAAUCUUAACAUUUCUUUUUUUUUCCUUUUACUUUACUUUUCUUUCCACCUUUUUGAAAUAUCUUAAGAAUUUAAACAUUUUAAGAAGUAAUAUAUACGAAUAUAAUAAUAUGGACGAGAAGACAACGAAAAAGUUUAAUGAUGUAAAAUGAUAUCGAGAUAUUCUAUGCCUAAUUUAUAUUAUUAUUAUUCUUAUUAUUAUUAUUAUUACUAUUACUAUUAUUAUUAUUAGUACUAUUAUUAUUAUUAUGUUAUGUAAAAAAUUAUUGAAUCCCGAUAUAUAUAUAUAUAUAUAUAUAUAUAUAUAUAUAUAUAUAUAUAUAUAUGAUGUAUUUUGAUAAUCUGCGAAGUAUGAAAUUGAUUGUUGAAAAAUAAAAUUAUGGUUACACUUAUAUCGAUACAUUUUAUCGCUGUGUUAUAAUAUUAUUAUUUCUUAAUAAUCUUGAAACUAUAUAAUACAUAUAUAUAUAUAUAUAUAUAAAAUAUUCAUAUAUAUAUAUAUAUAUAUAUAGAAUGACAUUCUCUUCUUCGCAGUUUUCGUUUCAUGUGUAACACGAUGUCGUUCACCGUGUCAAUAUGAUGCUUCUCUGUGCAUCGAUACGAUACGUAGAAGCUAUUUCAUUAAUUUAAUCCGUCGCACUACUGAAACAUUCACAGAGAGCCAUUGGUUAAUGUUAAACAUUGAACGCUACAAUUGCACGAUUUGAAAAAAGAAAGAAAAAAAAAAUCCAAUCAAUUUUUCUACAAAAUUUUUCAUCAAAUCGAACAUAUAUUUUACAUUUCUUUUUAAAAUGGCCGUCUAUCAUUACAAAAUUAUUAUUUACACAGAAUCGAAAAUCAAAUGUUUUUUACGCUGAGCUGGAACAAUUCUUUUUUCUUCUAUUUUUUUUUUUUCUGUCAUUUCUCGUACGCGAACUUUUUAUUCAAUUUACGAAUUAGGAUUAAUUCUUUCUAUUCUAUACAUUAUGGCGGUCGUAAUG